AUGGACAAAUUCCGGAUGAUCUUCCAGUUCCUCCAGUCCAACCAGGAGUCGUUCAUGAACGGCAUCUGCGGGAUCAUGGCCCUCGCCAGUGCCCAGAUGUACUCAGCCUUUGACUUCAGCUGCCCCUGCCUGCCAUGGUACAACCUGGCCUACGGGCUGGGCGUCCUGCUGGUGCCCCCCCUCAUCCUCUUCCUGCUGGGCUUCGUGAUGAACAACAACGUGUCCGUGCUGGCGGAGGAGUGGACGCGGCCGCGGGGCCGAAGGGGGAAGGACCCGGCUGUCCUGCGCUACAUGCUCUGCUCCAUGGCGCAGCGGGCCCUCGUCGCCCCGGCGGUCUGGGUCUCGGUGACGCUGCUGGACGGCAAGUGCGUGCUGUGCGCCUUCUGCACCAUGCUGCCCGUGGAAGCGCUGGGCAAUAGCAGCCGCUCCGGCCUCUCCGACAAGGAGAUCAGGCGCAUGCUGGCCCGGAUCCCCUGCCGGGAGCUCUACGACGGGCAGGAGCUCAUCACCGGCGAAGUGGCGGUCAGGUACCUGCGCUGCAUCUCGCAGGCGCUGGGCUGGUGCUUCGUGCUGCUGGUGACCCUGCUGGCUUUCCUGGUCAGAUCGCUGCGGCCCUGCUUCACCCAGGCGGCCUUCCUGAAGAGCAAGUACUGGUCCCACUACGGCGACAUCGAGCGCCGGCUCUUCGACGAGACCUGCCGGGAGCACGCCCGGACCUUCGCCCGCGUCUGCAUCCAGCAGUUCUUCGCGGGCGUCAGCGAGGAGCUGGUGGCUGGGGGCUGCUCGCCACCCGCCGUGAAAGCCCCCGCCAGCACCGCCGAGGCAGCUGAGAAGCUCUUCGGCAUCACCGACCGGGGUGCUGUGGACACAGCCCUGCGGAGCUGGCACGAGCGCAAGCCGCCGCUGUGCCUGCACCUGGACGCCGAGCCGCGUGCCGACGGCCUGGCCAGGGCGCCCCGGAGGGAGACGGCCGCCUACUGCAGCCACGUGUGA